CUGCUCCCACGGGCCAGCAGCGCCUCCACCCUUUACCUUGUCCAUUCACUCCAGCCAGGAAGAGAAGGAAAACAAAACUCUAAAAAUAACUGUCAGCAUCUUAAAAAGAGAAAAGCUUCGCUGCCACCACCACCCCCCUCUUCUACUCCCGCCCUCCCUCCGCGCCACGGGGCACAUGUCUGCUUCUUACAACACCGCGAGGCACAUGGUCCCAGUUAGACACCGAACCCCAUCGGGACAGAGAGAAAAUCCACAUCUGUGGGACGCUCCGCACAGAACCGCCACCUCCAGCAAGGAAGGCCGGGGGGACUGCAGCAGCGACAUGAAGAAGGGCUAGAGCAAGGGGACGCGGCUCAUGCGACGGCCGGGAGCGCCUGCGAGCUGGAUCUGGUGGAGGAUGCUGCGGCAGGUGCUUCGCAGAGGGCUCCAGUCAUUCUGCCACAGGCUGGGCUUGUGCGUGAGCCGGCACCCGGUCUUUUUCCUCACCGUGCCGGCAGUCCUGACCAUCACCUUCGGCCUCAGCGCGCUCAACCGCUUCCAGACCGAGGGCGACCUGGAGCGCCUGGUUGCUCCCAGCCACAGCCUGGCCAAGAUCGAGCGCAGCCUAGCCAGCAGCCUAUUCCCCCUGGACCAGUCCAAAAGCCAGCUCUAUUCGGACUUACACACCCCUGGGAGGUAUGGCAGGGUGAUCCUCCUCUCCUCACCCGGGGACAAUAUUUUGCUCCAGGCUGAGGGGAUCCUGCAGACCCACCGAGCCGUGCUGGAAAUGAAGGUGAACCACAAGGGCUAUAAUUAUACUUUUUCCCAUCUGUGUGUAUUGAGAAAUCAGGAUAAGAAAUGCGUGCUGGAUGAUAUUAUUUCAGUACUAGAGGAUCUCAGGCAGGCUGCCGUCUCCAAUAAGACAACAGCCAGGGUGCAAGUAAGGUAUCCCAACACUAAAUUAAAGGAUGGGAGGAACAGUUUUAUUGGACACCAGCUGGGCGGGGUAGUGGAAGUACCAAACAGCAAAGACCAGCGGGUCAAGUCAGCCAGAGCCAUUCAAAUCACCUACUACCUCCAGACCUAUGGUUCUGCCACUCAAGACCUCAUAGGGGAGAAGUGGGAGAAUGAGUUCUGUAAGCUUCUGAGGAAGCUCCAGGAUGAGCACCAAGACCUUCAACUGUACUCUCUGGCAUCUUUUAGCCUCUGGAGAGACUUUCAUAAGACCAGCAUCCUGGCCAGAAGCAAGGUCCUGGUGAGCCUCGUGCUGAUCCUGACCACGGCCACCCUGUCCAGCUCCAUGAAGGACUGCUUGCGCAGUAAGCCCUUCCUGGGCCUCCUGGGGGUGCUCACGGUAUGCAUUUCCAUCGCCACUGCAGCUGGGAUCUUCUUCGUCACAGAUGGGAAAUACAACUCUACCCUGCUGGGAAUCCCUUUCUUCGCCAUGGGUCAUGGAACUAAAGGAGUAUUUGAACUUCUGUCUGGAUGGCGGAGAACCAAAGAGAAUUUACCCUUCAAAGACAGGGUAGCGGACGCCUAUUCUGAUGUAAUGGUCACCUACACCAUGACCAGCUCCCUCUACUUCAUCACGUUUGGUAUGGGUGCCAGCCCCUUCACAAACAUAGAGGCAGUGAAGAUCUUCUGUCAGAAUAUGUGUGUCUCUAUUCUACUGAACUAUUUCUACAUUUUCUCUUUCUUUGGCUCUUGCCUGGUCUUUGCUGGACAACUAGAGCAAAAUCGAUACCACAGCAUCUUUUGCUGUAAGAUCCCUUCUGCAGAAUACCUGGACCGCAAGCCUGUGUGGUUCCAGACAGUAAUGAGUGAUGGGCACCAACAGACAUCCCAUCAUGAGACAAACCCCUACCAACACCAUUUCAUUCAGCACUUCCUUCGAGAACAUUACAAUGAGUGGAUUACCAAUAUCUACGUGAAGCCAUUUGUGGUCAUCCUGUAUCUCAUUUACGCCUCCUUCUCCUUUAUGGGGUGCUUGCAGAUCAGUGACGGAGCUAGCAUCAUCAACCUACUAGCCAGUGACUCCCCAAGUGUUUCCUAUGCCAUGGUUCAGCAAAAAUAUUUCAGCAACUAUAGUCCCGUAAUAGGAUUUUAUGUUUAUGAGCCCCUUGAGUACUGGAACAGCAGCGUCCAGGAGGACCUGCGGAGGCUCUGCAGUGGGUUCACUACAGUUUCCUGGGUAGAACAGUACUAUCAGUUCCUGAAAGUCAGCAACAUCAGUGCCAAUAACAAGACCGACUUCAUCAGUGUCCUACAAAGCUCAUUUUUAAAAAAGCCAGAAUUCCAACACUUUCGGAAUGAUAUCAUUUUCUCUAAGGCAGGGGAUGAAAACAACAUCAUCGCAUCUCGCUUGUAUCUGGUGGCCAGGACUAGCAGGGACAAGCAGAAGGAGGUCAUAGAAGUCCUGGACAAGCUGAGGCCCCUGUCUCUUUCAAAGAGCAUCAGGUUCAUCGUGUUUAACCCUUCCUUUGUUUUCACAGACCAUUACAGUUUGUCAGUCACCGUGCCUGCUCUGAUAGCAGGCUUUGGGGUUCUCCUGGUGUUAAUCCUGACUUUCGUCCUAGUGAUCCACCCUCUGGGAAACUUCUGGCUCAUUCUUAGUGUCACCUCAAUUGAGCUGGGCGUUCUGGGCUUAAUGACCCUGUGGAACGUCGACAUGGACUGCAUCUCUAUCCUGUGCCUUAUCUACACUUUGAAUUUUGCCAUUGACCACUGUGCACCACUGCUUUACACGUUUGUACUCGCAACUGAGCACACCAGAACACAAUGUAUAAAACGCUCCCUGCAAGAGCAUGGGACAGCCAUUUUGCAAAACAUUACUUCUUUUCUUAUUGGGUUGGUCCCCCUCCUCUUUGUGCCUUCAAACCUGACCUUCACACUGUUCAAAUGCUUGCUGCUGACCGGGGGUUGCACGCUUCUGCACUGUUUUGUUAUCUUACCCGUGUUCCUAACCUUUUUUCCCCCUUCCAAAAAGCAUCACAAGAAAAAGAAACGUGCCAAGCGGAAGGAGAGAGAGGAAAUUGAAUGCAUAGAAAUUCAAGAGAACCCUGAUCACGUCACCACAGUUUGAAGGUGGAGACUUUUUUUCUUUCCAGUGUUGCACAAUGAUACAGGGCAAGGAAAGCUCAGACCUCAGCUGCUUGGGCUGGCCAGGGGUGACAACACAAGUCAGAUCUAGAGUACUUUGCUCGUGAUACAUCCAAGGGUCUGCUUUCUGUGGGGGGCAAGAGGGGAUAAAAGGAGGGAAAAUUCUCUGCAACCUUGUUCUCCAUGAGAGAUACAUUUCCAGACAUUGAUUUAGAGCUAUGUAUUUCCAAGAAUGGAUGGAUUAUAUGUUAGGACAAAAGGCUGAAAGAGCUAAAGAUGCAAAAGAAAGGCUUAGAAGAAAUGGAGAGGAGCGAAUAGGUGGCCUCCAGAUAGGGGGAAGUCAUAGUAAAUGUCUCAAAUGCCGUGUCACUUUUCAUGUUUGUUUUUGGAACAGGUCAGUCAAAGGAAACCUAUGCACGUGGGCAGUAUGUAUUUAACCCUUUCUAAACCAAAGGACCACCCAAUCCAUUUUGUGUGUACAUAUAAGUAAGAUACUUAUGUUUGUCUUUAGUGUACAUUGGUGUUUGGGUGAAGGAAGGUGUCCAUUUGCAGACAAGCUGGCCUUUCUUUCGAAAGUCAAAUCAGCUUUUGCCAAAUAUAUAAGCUCAUUAGGGGGUGAUGCAAAAUAUAUAAAUGGCCACUUAAAAAUCAACUCGACUGUCUAGACAGCGAGAGUGUUCUCAACUGUGUGAUAACAAAAUAAGCAGAAAUUUGAAUCCAUUAAAUUCUACACGUCACGUUGUUGGUCCUCAGGAUUCUAGCGAGGGAUGACAUCACAGAGACAUCAAAAGAUAUUUGAGUGAAUUAGCAUGUGGGCAAAUGUUUGAAACCUAAAAUAGUUGAGAUGGCUUAUCAUUAGCCUUUAACAUUCCUGUGUAUUUGGAAGGCCAGCAUGACUGCUUUUGGAUAUCUCACCCACCUGCAGACGAGCACUUUAAGCAUAUUUUCCUUGCCAACCUAAGUAAGAGCACAUAGGAUAUGUGUGAGAGGGGAAGGAAGAAUGAGAUAACAUCCCACAGUUACGCCUUCUUAUUUUAGAUGGUGAAAAUCCAUGCCCGUGGCAUAUAACAAUUAACACGGGAGAAAGAAAAGACAUGGGAAACUCGGAAAGAAAAAUGGACCAAUGCAUCAACUAAACAUCACACAGCCCUUAGCAUUAGAAAAACUUUCCAACUCUGUAGACUCUAGUGUGCUCUUUGGAAUAAAUUUGGAGCAUUAACCCAGGCCAUGAUCACUAUGAUAGUAGUCAUCAUAGCUGCGGCAGCAUCAUCUUGUAGUUUCUUGUAGUUAUCAGUGUCUUGUUAGCUAGAAAGUCGGCUCCUACCACAAGCAUAGGUCUCUGCAGGGAUCAUACUAAUCAUGUGUAAAUACUGCUCGAUUCUUUACAUCAAACAAAAGUACUGAGGUAAAUGUUU